AUGCUAUAAAUGCGAUCGAGUGUCAGUUACAUGCUGUCAGCUGGUGGCGGUGAGUGCGCAAUGUCGCAUCCUGAUUAUCCGCAGCACGCGCACCAUCACGCCUGUCUUCUGGUGCUGGUGCGAGGUCUGGGUCUAGGAGGUACCGGCGCCGGAGGCGGAGUCAAGCCGAGGCUAUUCAACAAGAUCUGGGACAGGCUCAACAGGGUGACGAACGUCAAAAUCACAGACUCUGCUGGUCAAAUUCGUGACAUCUGGGUUCGAUACAUUCGGGAACACCCUGUGCAGAACAACGAUUGGGGCGAUUUUCAAACACACAGGCGUCUCUUAGGUUUAGUAACAGUAGGAAAAUAUGAAACUCAAGCAGAAUUAAAUGAAGUAUGUCGUGUUCACGAAUCUCUAAAAGUUAAAUAUGUGAGCACUUUAUUUGAUUCAAGAUGCAUUAUUUUCGGUCCAUCUAAACUAGAUAACAUCACAUCUUUAACCGAAGAUAUCACAAAAUUAGUUCAAGAUUUGAAUGAAGAAGAUGUUACACUUAACACUGGGGAAAAACCUGCUAAAAAAUCAGAAGAUCCAAAGCCUGCCCCUCCGCCACCAACAAUCGUGAAAAGCGAAUCAUCAUCAUCAGAAACAUCAUCAGACCAGUCUCCAAAGUCAAGUUCGGCGAUUCCUGAAAAUGACUUCACGACACCAAGUAAUUUUAAAACCAGGGCACUAUUUUAUUCCGAUACAGAUCCUUGUAUCGAUUUGGAAAUGCAAAUCACUGAUUUCAUAAAUAGUUUGUUCUGGGUUUUGGAAUCCAAACGACUUGAGAGAUCCAGGGAGAAGAUUGAUAAGGUCUCUUUGCUUUUGGCGCCGUUCGAGAAAAAAGAUUUCGUAGGUUUGGAUUUGGAGUCUAGGAACAACAGAAAACGUUGCAUGGGUCGUGUCACCAAACAUUUGGCAGAUUUGACUCUUCAAGCUGGUUUGAUCAACGAUAGCAUCACCUUGUACCAAAACGCUAGUGAUACUUUGAAGACUGUUAACGACUGGUUAUGGCUUGGAGCAGCUUACGAAGGUUUAUGUGCAGCUUCAGCAAUCCUCUUAUACCCCAACACCCGCUACACCAUAAACUUCCAGAGAAAUGCAAGUCUUCAAGAAGGCUCUCCGAACAAAGCCACAAAACACAUGCUGAUGCACAACAAGAAGACCAGCAUCCAAAAACUGACAGAAAAGGAACCUAUCCAAGACAAUUCUUUAAAAUCUAUCACAUCCGAAGCCAACGAUCAAAACCAACAGAGUUCUUUGGUCUCCGAAGGGGGCAGAGUUAAAUUUGGAGGCCUGAUGGCGCAGAACGUGUUAGGAGCUGAAGAUAUUGCAAGGAGAUAUAAGGAGGCUAUCAUACAUUAUAGUAAAUAUCAGAAUGCUGGGAUUAUUGAGACGGAGGCUAGUUUUAAGGCUGCUCGAUUGGCUGUGGAGCAGAAUCAUGCUUUACAGGCUGCUUCGUUUUCAAAUGUUGUCAUUAUCAAUUUGUCUUUGAGUGAAAUUGAACGAAUCCAAAGAUUUGAAACUCUGUCCGAUUUAUACCAACAAAUCGGAUUCAUGAGAAAAGCUGCCUUUUGCCAGCGUUUGGCAGCCACGAGGUAUGUGAGCCAAAAUAAUCCCAACCCGGAUUGGCAGCAGUGUUACAGGCUGAUGCUGGAAAGUUUCACCGGACACAAACUCAGUUUGGAACCUACUGAGGUUAUUGCUAAUAAUAUAGGUUGGCCCGCUUUACAGAUUCAGCUCCUACAACAAUUGGUAGUCUCUGCGAGAAGAAUGGGCAACCCAGCUUUGGCAACUCGACAUCUAACUUUUCUGAUCCUGAUGUGGCAGCAUCUUUCACCAAUUGAAAGGAAGGAAUUUGCCAUGCAAUUGCAGUCUUUGAGUUCCCAAUGUGAAGGUGCUCCUGUUCCUUUGGUCUUGGACAAUGGCAUAGUGAUACCACCUGCAAAUCUGACCGAUUUACCAUUCUGCCAGUCGUUCACCUUGAGCAACCUCAAACCUCAUAUGAGACCACAAAAGAUCGAGACUAGUAAAUUGGACAGUGGACCUUUUUUGUAUACGCCGAUACAUUUUGGGUCGAUGGAUAGGAAGAGUAAUAAGCCUAAAAGCAAAAUGGAAUAUUUGUGGGUCCAGAACGACGUCUGCGAAGUAAAUCUAAAACUCCAAAACCCCUUACCAUUCGAACUUGAAGUCUCCAACAUGAGACUUCUCACCAAUGGUGUAGUCUUUGAAUCUCUUCCUCAAACAGUUAUUCUACCAGCAGACAACGUGGCAGCCCACGUAAAACUAUCAGGAGUCCCUAUAGAAAGCGGUGAACUGGAAAUCUUGGGCUACAGCACCCACACUUUAGGAGUCAAAUCCAACUGUCGUCUCAAAAACAUGCUAAACCGCAACUUUUUGAACUCCUACAGCGUAGAAGUCAUACCCCAAUUGCCCAUUAUGGAAAUCACCACGGAUGUCCAGGAGGAUGUUAAUUCCGGUGCAGGACUUGAGAAUGUUGUGAAGACUGCUAACGUGUCUUUGUACAAUGGAGAGGAAACGGAGUGCAAAGUGACCAUCACCAAUACUGGUACGGUGCCUAUUGAUUAUUUGGAGGUUUCUAUGCAUAGUGCUCUGGUUCCUGAUGUUCAGAAUAAGAUUUUCAAGUGGUCUGAUGAGGAUUUGAAGAAGUGUUUGCCGCUGCAGCCGCAGUGCAGUGCUUCCAUGGUGCUGAGUUUGUAUGGAGAAGCUGAUUUUUUGGGACCUCUGGUUGGUGAUAUAACAGGUGGUAUCAACACGAUGGCAGGUGGCGGAACCAACAGUCUUUAUAGUGCUGGAAGCGGUUUGACCAACUCUGGACAUGCAAGUCUUCCAAGUCGUGUACACUCACCGACCAACACACUUUUGGGAAAAAGGACAGAAUUAACAUCAAGUUUUAGAUCGACUACAUCAGGACAUUCUUCCUUGGCAACUCUGUCUCUUCCGCAUAACACGUUGACAACUCCUCACAGUAGGAACAUUAACGGACAUCUGAUAAUACGUUAUAGUGGCGGUAGUGGAUACAAAGAAGGUUAUUGUCGACAGAGUACAUUGAUGAUUAAUUUGGAGCUGAUACCGAGUGUGCAGAUUACACAUUGGGACGUGCUACCAGCAGAGACGCCUUCACAAUUCUAUCUAGUACUAGACGUGAUGAAUCUGACGCAGCAGGAAAUUUCUUUAGAGUACACGACUGACAAAAAUAUGCUGAUAGAAGCUCAGGAAAGCUGUCGGGUGCCUGUACCAGUCAACAGGUGCCCUUUGGAAAAGAUGCCGCAAGAGGAACCAUUAUCAGAGACAGAUUCUCUGAAUCCUUAUCCAUCAUUUCUACAAGACAUCGAUCGAGCUUGCUCGGAGCACAUAACAGCCCUAGUAGUACUGAAGUGGCAAUUAAUAGGAACACAAAUACACGGUACUGCCAGUCUCAAGGGAAUUAGUUUGGCAUCACACAUGUUGGAUUUGGUCAGAGUUGCACCGUUGCAAUGGGAGGUGACUUUAAACGCCCAGCAACUUCGACCCCAAGAAGAAUAUUCCUGCCAAGCCGGACAGUGCGUCAGAAUAGGUGUGUCAAUUGCAAACCAUUUGCCGAAGCCUUUAUCACAUCUAUCACUGUCCAUAAGUUUCUACCAGGAUCACCAGAAUGGCAUCAACGACUACAGACUGGAAACCAGAGUUGCCUGUACCGGAGCCAACAAAAUUCUCUUACCCUUGCUAAAUGAGCAAGACAAAGCACAUCACGAAUGUUCGGUAGUCUUUUUCAACCCCGGGCGCUACAAAGCCGAUAUUCAAUGCAGUGCCCCCAUACACAUAAUGUCAUCACAGAGCGAUAGUAAAAGGGCCAUGAGCCCCAUGUUGCAAACGCCUGCUCAUAUCUGGAGGUUUAUACCUCCUUUAGAAAUCACAGUACAUGAUUAGUAGUAGAAAAUAUUUGUGAUACUCAAUCAUUACAUUACAUUGUUUAUUUUUGUAAUCACUUUUUAAUAUGCAUUUAUUAUAA